AUGUCUUCAGCUGGGUCUACUGGGGUCUCUCCUGAACGGACUGUCCCCAUCUUCGCUGCCAAUGUGCAGGCUGAAAACUCAAAUCCCUUGCCACUUGCCCCGGGCUCAAAGGAAACUGGCAAGAGCAUUCCUGUAAAGAAGAACAUCGCCGCUUUAUCCACUUCGAAGUUGGCGAAUCAAGGCCUUCCAAAGGUGUACCCUGUGGAUAAACUCCUUGCAAAGCUCUCCGAACAGCAAUCUGCCCUGAAUCAGCAAAACGAUGCCAACAAGCUCAGGAACGAAGCCAACCAGUAUGCGAGAGCGUUUGAUCAUGCAUCUUCGAGCAACUCUCUUCCUGUCACUCCUGCUACCGAUGCUUUCCCAAGUACAGCUCCUACUACACGCCCUGCAAGUGCCACCUUGGACGAAGCUCGUAGCGAGAGCGAAGAGGUAAUGCGUCUGAAGUUGCAGCUCGCCCAGGCACAGAACGAAAUCUCGAAGCUUGAUCAAGAACUAGCCGAGACACGUGUUGUUAAAACCACAGCCGAUGUGCCCCCUUUCGGAACCCGCGGUCCAAUUUACCCCCCUCGUGAGAAUGCCUGGGGCCCUCCCGACGACAGUCACUCUGAUACCAGUGACGCCAUGUCCGCUUCCACAUUCAGUCGUACUCGAGAGAUCUGGGGCAAUCAGCCAAUUUUUGCCAACACAGUCCAGGCACCAGUCAUCGAACCGACCCCAGGAAAAUGGCUCGGAGGGCGUGUCUUCAGUCAGCCUUGUUCUGAACCUACCGGAACGCCUUUUCCCGUGAUGGAAGGAUACCGAAGUGAACGCCUGACCCCAGAUACUGAGAUGAUGCGAUCGAACUACGGGCGUCGAGGAAACCGCUUCGAGGGCCGUUUUAACUCACCUCAACCAUUCGGACCUGGCUACGGAGGAGGAUUUAAUACUCCCAUGAAUCAGUCAGACUACAUGGGAAGUCCUGCGCCUGGAGCACCGUCCAAUGCUCCCCAAGGAUUAGGACCUAUGGGUGUGUACCCACCAUAUCCCAACCCUGCUGGAACACCUCUCUCACCACACGCUUCCGAGUUUACCACUAGUUCUGGAUGGAAGAAUGAGGUUGGUUUGCCUGCGUUGUACUCACAUAGAACGCUAAACCCGAGACAGGUGUUGGCGCCCGAUGACCAGACCUACCUCGCUCCGACAGAGCCGCUGAAUUAUCGCCGUCUUUUGGAUCGCAACGUAAACUGCAACUGGAAGUACAUUGUUGACAAGAUCGUCUGCAACAACGACCAACAAGCUUCCAUCUUCUUGCAGCAGAAGCUCAAGGUCGGAACCGCCGACCAGAAGUUCGAAAUUGUCGACGCAAUCGUCGCCCAGGCCUAUCCAUUGAUGAUCAAUCGCUUUGGCAACUUUUUGGUGCAGCGAUGCUUUGAGCAUGGGACACCUGACCAAGUCAUCAACAUCGCGGAAGCCAUUCGGGGCAACACGCUGAAUCUGUCUAUGGAUCCCUUCGGAUGCCACGUCGUUCAAAAGGCAUUUGACUCUGUUCCUGAAAACUUCAAGGCUAUCAUGGUUCACGAGCUUCUUCGGCGAAUCCCUGAGACGGUCAUUCACCGUUAUGCCUGCCACGUCUGGCAGAAGCUUUUUGAGCUGCGUUGGACAGAGUCACCCCCACAAAUCAUGAAAUUUGUCAAUGACGCUCUCAGGGGCAUGUGGCAUGAGGUUGCCCUGGGAGAGACCGGUAGUCUUGUCGUGCAGAACAUUUUUGAAAACUGCCUCGAGGAGGAUAAGCGCCCUUGUAUCGAAGAAGUCCUUGCCAACAUUGACAUCGUCGCCCAUGGGCAAUUUGGCAACUGGUGUAUCCAGCAUAUUUGUGAACACGGUGCUCCCCCGGAUCGCAGUCGAGCUAUUGACCAUGUUAUUCGUUAUGCCGCUGAGUACAGUACCGACCAGUUCGCUUCGAAGGUCGUUGAGAAGUGUCUCAAAAUUGGAGGCGCAGAAUUCCUUGGUCGUUACCUGGACCGAGUCUGUGAAGGUCGUCGCGACCGUACUCGCAUUCCACUGAUUGACAUUGCAAGUGAUCAAUACGGCAACUAUCUUAUUCAGUGGAUUCUGAACAAUGCCUCUCCUCAGCAUCGCGAAAUCGUUGCUGCCCACAUCCGAAAGCACAUGGUUUCACUACGAGGCUCCAAGUUUGGCUCUCGAGUUGGUAUGCUUUGUACUAACCACGCGGUCGCAACUCGUCCUGGUCCUGGUGCUGGCCCUGGGAUGGGUGGACGCAUGGGACCUGGGCCGCGCUACAACAAUGGUUACCGCUAA